CUACAUCAGCCUCUAUGUCAGCUGCAGCACCAGGAGAAGUACUAGUGCUGCUGCUUGAGAAUAAAAGAGCACACACAAGACAGGGGAGAAAUGAACGGCAGCUUUCAGCACCACUCCAGCUCCCACCAACUGCCCUGGUCACUUGGCUGCACAGACCAGCUGAGAGAAGGAGGAUACCUGAAGCUCCCUACAAGUUGAGGCUUCCUCUACCAAAGCACAUGCAUUGCUGUCACCCAGGGCAAUGAGCCAUCUACUAUCUUCAAAGUCUGCAAGAAAUCCUCACUUGCACCUAAGUUUUGCCUGCUCGGACAGCUCCAGCUACAACAACUUCCAUGCAUAUUCUCAAGGCUCCAGCCAUCAAGUGUUGGAGUAAUCCCUGCAGGACAGCUUGAAUGACCCAGGAGAUCACACUGACAAGACUUUUUAUUUUUUUGGGGAGAAGCCAACCUUGCUAAGGACGACAGCAUGCAUCAUUUGUGAAUGUAACAAUGGAUGUCCUCUGUGCCUGACAAUGACAAGUACCAGCACAGAUGAGGUGAUUAUUGGUGUCUGCAUCAAUAUUGCAUUCUAAAGAGCAAUAAUGCCAUAUAUUUUUUUUAUUAUUGAUACAGCAAUUUGAGGGCUAAUGUUACAAAGGCAUUGUAUGGUUAACUUUAAUUCAGCUAGAUGACAAUUGAAGUAGAUUUCUAUAGAUGUUUGUAAUUACCGGUAAUAUGGACAUUUAAAGUCACUGCUGGAUUAUCGGAUUUGCUUUAUUAGUGGUCCUUGUAAAGAAAGCUUUGGGACGCUUAAUUCAGCGUUUGGGGAUUUAAAUUCUGAUUUUUUUUUUUUUUUGUGCAUUGAUUUGUUGAAGUUUUUGGAUCUAUGAGCCAUCACCAAGUAGAGUGUAAAAAAGCACAAUUCUAGUUUUUGUUGGUCACACCAUCCAGUGCUGAAGGACUGCCAUCAGGGAAUAUGAAGGUGCAUCAAAGUGUCCUAGUCCUUGUAGCUUUGAGAUAGUUCUGCUCCAUCCCCUGGAGGUCUCAUAGACCUGAAUGCCGAAAACUCCAUGAUGGAGCCGCAAAGCCAAUGCCAACCGACCGCUGACGAACUGAAUGUCUCUCAAAGCAAUUACUCCUACGAAGGCACGCGUUGCAUUGCCGAUCUGGACGGGCAAGGGCAGGACUUUGAGCUGUCCUUCUGGAGCGUUGUCCUCACCAUCAUUUUGGGUGUCAUCACCCUUGCCACUCUGCUGUCCAAUGCAUUUGUAAUCGCAACAGUCUAUCAGACCAGAAAACUGCACACGCCUGCCAACUAUCUCAUAGCUUCAUUGGCAUUCACUGACCUUUUAGUGUCUAUUCUUGUGUUGCCAAUCAGCACCUUGUAUACUGUCAUUGGCAAGUGGAGUUUGGGGCAGGUGAUCUGUGAUAUGUGGUUAUCCUCUGAUAUCACUUGUUGCACUGCAUCCAUUCUCCAUUUAUGUGUGAUAGCCUUGGAUAGAUACUGGGCAAUCACUGAUGCGGUUGAAUACACCAAGAAAAGGACUCCGAAAAGGGCAGUGAUAAUGAUAGCUCUUGUGUGGGUCUUCUCCAUAUCGAUCUCUAUGCCCCCACUUUUUUGGCGUCAAUCAAAAGUGGAAGAGCUCACCAAGUGUGCUGUGAAUACAGAUCACGUUUUGUAUACGGUGUACUCUACAGUUGGGGCAUUUUAUGUCCCGACAUUACUUCUAAUAGCCCUUUAUGGGAGAAUUUAUGUAGAAGCCAGGUCUAGAAUCCUGAAACAAUCUCCAAAGAGCACAGGCAAAAGAUUGACAAGGGCUCAUCUAAUCACUGACUCUCCUGGAUCUUCUUCUGUCUCCUCCACCAACUCAAGGGCUCCAGAACUGUCCAGUGACACAGGUUCUCCUGUAUACCUGAAUCAAGUGAAAGUUAAAGUGUCAGAUGCUCUACUAGAGAAGAAGAAGAUCAUGGCUGCCAGGGAGAAGAAGGCUACCAAGACCUUGGGAAUUAUACUUGGAGCUUACAUCGUGUGUUGGUUACCGUUUUUCAUCAUCUCACUGGUUCUGCCCAUCUGCCAAGAAGCUUGCUGGUUUCACCCUGCUAUAUUUGACUUUUUCAAUUGGCUUGGAUACCUUAACUCUUUAAUAAACCCUAUUAUCUAUACAAUGUCAAAUGAAGACUUUAAGCAAGCUUUUCACAAACUGAUACAUCGUCUUAGCUGCUGUUCAUGAAUCUAGCCAUCAACUACUUCUCAAUUCUACAUGAAUGCACUUGCGUGGGUCUGAUGUCACAGAACCCAGUCGAUAUUGUAAAGAAUCACUGGCUGAAACUCCCUAUCCUGAGUUGUCAGACUCAUGAAUGCUGCUGAGCACAAACGUCAAUACAUACUGCUAUCCUACUUGUUCAGCUCUGCAUUUCACUGCUAUGACUCUAGCAAUGAUGCUGCUUAAAUAUUCACCCAUGUCAAAUGCAAAGAGUUCAUCUUCAGAACAAUGCUUACAAUUGACACCUGGAUUGGAAAAUUAAUUUAGACUUUUGUUUCCAUUUUUUUUUUUUUUUUUAUUAUUAUUAUUAUUUAUUUUUUCCUUUCACAUCAUUGCCUUUUUGGCAUUUUAAAGAUUCUGUGGAAUUCUUUACAAGCACACUGUAGGGGUGUGCACAGUUGCUAUGUUUUUAUGUCACUAGUAUUAAUGUGUCUAUGUGUAUGCUUGUAAUUUAUUUCUGUAGAGAAAAGGGUUAAUAUGGUUUAAAAGAAAUGUUUUAAAGAUGUGUCACCAUGUGCAAGUGGCUCAUUCAUCGCAAGCUUUCUUGGUAAAUGUGGUGUGCAGGAGUGUGCAAAAACGACACCGGUUCCAAUCAAUAUAAUACCAAACUCAUACAUUUUCCCAAGUCAUUCCAGCUAAAUGAUGUAUGUGUUAAUGUAUCACCUAUAUGAUGGAUGUGUAACAGACUGACGUGCCCUUUAAAUGAAUGGCACUUGCCUUUUAUUGCAGUGAGAAGAUAUUGCAGCACUAUCAGGAAAGUCAUUCUCUUUCUCUUAAAACAGGGUUUGACAUCAGUUUUAACAUUUAGGUACUAUAGGCAGUAUUUAUAAUUAUGGUUGAUGCACACCCCUACUGCAUUAAGCACAGAGAAUGUAUGUUUCUUUUUUUUUUCUUUGUUUGUUUGUUUUUUGCGUGUUUAAGAAAUAAAUCUACCUAAAAUGUAUUUUGCUGUACACUGUCAAAAAGUUCAAAUGAGUUUAUAUUUCCAAAAAAGUCACUCACGUGCAAAAUAAAUGACUAAAUAAAUCAGA